AUGGACGUGUUCGGGCAGACGCUCGCGUACGCGAAUUAUCUGUUGGACGACGCGUUCGGCGAAGCGCCUCUGGAGAGGAAAGUCCCGGCGCACGCGCCGCACCUCGUCGACGUGGAGAUAAUGCAGGAGGUGGUAAACAAGUGGCGCGAGGAGCACGAGCGGACGUCCUCGCACUACUUCCGUCACCCGAUGGACCUGCAGUACCAGAGCGUGUAUCUGUACUAUCUCAUGAACGCGAAGAGAGGGCGGACUUCGUUCGAGUUCGCGAGCGCGUUCGACGCCGACGGCGACGGCGAGCUCUCGAAACGGGAGCUGAGGUAUCUCGACGCGGUCAUGACUCAUAUAUUUUCGUCGUCGUUAAACAUGUCUUUUGGGCUCGAUUCUGAUCAGGGCGGUCGCGGACGAGAUGAACCACUUCCGGUGCGCGUCGAGUCGUUGUUGAGGGACGAAACGGUCGCGGCGAAAAUCGACGAGAUCGUCGCGAAGGAGAAAAAAUACGAGUACGAAAUCCUCGACGCGGACUCCGACGACGUGCGUUUUUACAUGAUACGAGACGCGAAGAGCGCGAUCAUGAACGACUUGGAGAAAAUCCGCGCGGUGCCGCCAAAGUUCAUGUGCCUGAACGAUGAUUUAGACGUCGCGCUGCCGCCGGACGAGAGGGCGCGCAUGUUGACCGAGGUGCGCGAGCUCCUAGAGACGUUGUACCCGUAUCGAAGUCCGUUCGAGCUUCCGCUAGAGGAAGAGGAUUAGGGUCUAAACCCUGGUGAGGGCGGAAGAGGACGGAGGAUGAGGGGAGAGGCUGGCUCAGGUGGGACAGAACAAUAAACAACGCCUCGCCCCCGAAAUAUUCUUUUAUCACAAAUUUCGCGCCGAC